GCGCCCAGUGACAACAUAACGCGGGAAUUGAAACUUGGGGCCAAAAAAGGAUUCACUUUUCAACCAUAAACAGACGUGCGUAUUUCUCUCAACAUUAUGUCAAGAAUAACGCGCGGUAUCUCUUUAGAAGAAUGGGAAGAAAAAACCAAGCUUAACGACAAGGAAAAACAAAGUGUACAAGAUUUGCAAGAUGCCUGCGCUGAAUUGCCUCUUCCGUCCAACUGGUAUUUGGGCGACAAACUUUUAGGCUCCCCUUCCUUGGGCAUCUCACCAGGGACGCCCGAUACACUUCAAUCGAAAAGCCCACUUAACCCACAUGUACUAUCAUCUCGACUUUUAGGUACCCUGAAACAUACUUUAUCUACCGCCAACCUAUUAGCAGAAGCAACGGCAGCAGAUUCAGCAGCAGAAAAGAAUAUGGCUCAUGCCAUUGGAAGCGCAAAACCCAUCGAAACUCUUCAAGAGUUUUUCGAUUGGUUUGCAGUGAUGGAAUCCGAGAUGGAGAAAGGACAAGAAGAUGUUUAUCGUAACCACUUAUCCACUGUCGAACUUUACCAACAAGCGUGUGAUGACUUUCUGCAAGAUCUACAACUUACCUGCCAGUUAUUCGACGAUUUAGAAAAUGAUUACUCAUUUGUAGAAUUACAAACUCGUUCAAUUCAAACAGCCUGCGAGACCUUAUUAGAAGAACAGCAUCGUCUGACACAUUUAGCAGAAGGACUAUCCGAGAGAUUAGCCUAUUUCAACCAACUGGAACCGAUCGCCAAAUUAUUCAAUUCCCCAGGCGAUGAUAUCUGUCUUAAUGCAGAAUUUAUACCGAUGUUGAAUAAGUUGGAUGAAUGUAUACAGUAUAUGCAAGAUCAUCAUGUGUACCGUGAUUCAGAAUUAUAUCUCAUGCGUUUCAGACAAUGUAUGACUCGUGGUAUUACACUUAUUAAGAUGUAUGUAGUGUCCACUAUUAAGAACUUGGGUUACGAAGUGUAUAAACAAGUGAGCACAAAAGACGCUACUAUGGGUAAACAAAUGACCAUGUACUAUGUAAAAUUUAAAACGAUUGCAUCCACCAUCAAAUCCUUGACAACUCAGGUACAAAAGAGAUGCCCGGGUCAUAAGGAAUAUCAAUCGUUAUACGAAGACAUGCUUCAUGCUUAUUUCCAGACAAGACAGCAAUUGUUGGGCCCUUUAAUAUCAAAAAAGAUCCAACAGCUUGGGCCCAAUGACAAGGAUUUAUUAGGAUUUGCUAAAAAUGGCUGUGCAUACAUGAUGAGUCUUUGUUCGGAUGAGUACAAUUUGUUCUACAACUUUUUCCAAAAGACUGGAGAGCAAGAACUGUAUAACUACCUGGAGUUGUUAACAAGUUACUUGUAUGAUUACCUCCGACCACGUAUUAUUCACGAAAAUGAUAUCACUACACUUUCUGAAUUAUGUAAUGUAUUUUUGAUGUAUGUCAUGCAGGAUGAAAAUGAUUUCGCGAUUGGUGUAGUUGAGGACAAAAAUGAGGUAAAAUUUGGUCAUCUUAUACAGAACGUGAUGGAAGAUGCACAGGGCAGAUUAGUAUUCCGAUCCCAAAUGUUUAUACAUAAUGAUAUUCAAAACUAUCAACCUAAACCUCAAGACUUUGAGAAUACCCAAACAAAAGUAACAUCAGACGAAGACCAAAAAUCAUCAGUCGUAUUAGACUCUACCACUGCCGCAACCUUGACAGUAGAAGAAGACACAACUUCGGAAACACAUUCGAUUCAUUCAGCUAGGUCAAACUUACUGGCGGAUGGUAGCGAUAACACAUGUGGAUGGUUUCCAACAUUGCAAAAGACACUUUGGAUUCUUUCAAAACUUUACCGGUGCGUUCAGACUGGUGUGUUUGAGGAUUUGGCACAGGAGGCUGUCUCACUAUGUAAUGAAUCAUUGCAAAAGGCCAGUACCAGCGUUACGAACUUAAAGUCUCGUCUCGAUGGUGAAUUAUUUUUAAUUAAAAAUUUACUGGUGUUAAAAGAACAACUUGCUCCUUUUGAAGCAAAUUUAGUUCAUGCAGGAAAAACUUUAGAUUUCUCUCAUGUCACCGGUUCCUUAUCUUCGUUUCAACAACAUAAAUCGCUCAUGUUUAAUCCAAAUGCUCUUAUUGGGUUGGCCCAGCGUGGAAUGCCACGCGUAGUCGAAGUCAGUUUGGAUUCGAGACGGGAAAUUGAUUUUCAAAUCAAGAGAGUGUGCGAAGAGUUUAUAAACAAUUGUGUGAACAGUUGUGUAGAGCCACUAACUGCCUUCUUAAUCAAGUUAUCGGCAAUUUUACCAGCAGCAGUUGUAACUAAAAUGGCGGACGAUGAUUCACCCACAACAAUACAGCAGCUAAAUGGAGGAGAUGUACAGGAGGCGACAGAUCAGUUUAUGGAAGCGGUAGAGGAACGCAUCAGAUUUGUGGUUCGGAAACUUAGAGAAUAUGUCAGCGAUCAUAAAAUGCAACAGAUCCUGAUGAAGCCAAUAGAGACGAGUAUUGUUGAACAAUACAAAUCUUUUUUAACAAGAGUCCAAAUAGAGUCAAAAGAGGGAGGAAGGAUCCAAAAAAUGGAAAACCAGCCAAUGUCCACAGAAUCAGUAGCUGUCUGGAUCUCUCAAUUGAAAGAACAAUAAUAAAAUCCAUUGGUUUAUCUCGCUUGAUUGCAUUAAUGGUUCGUUUCGCAUUAAUUUACUAAUGUGUAUCUUCUCGGUCCGGGAUAAGUUUAUAAUGAUAAAGGGG